AUGGCAGCGUCUCAAGUUGCGGAGCGUGUGCAGGAGCUGCACCUCGACGACAACGGCAGAGGACCAGGAUCCGAGUCACCAGAACGGGUCCGAAACUUGAACAUUGUGUUCAUCGGACACGUAGACGCCGGCAAGUCGACACUGUGCGGCCACCUGCUCUACCUGACUGGCAACCUCGACGAGCGCACGUUGGAGAAAUACGAAAAGGAGGCGAAGAGCAAAGGUCGCGAGUCAUGGAAGUUCGCUUGGGCGCUCGAUCUCACCGAACAGGAACGAAGCAAAGGAAAAACCACGGAUUAUGGCGUAGCUUCAUUCCGAACCGCAACGAAACAUAUCACGAUUAUUGAUGCGCCUGGCCACAAGGCCUAUGUGCCGGCGAUGAUCUCAGGCACCGGACAAGCUGAUGUGGCUAUACUGGUGAUUUCGGCCCGCAAGGGAGAGUUCGAGGCCGGCUUCGAACGAGGCGGACAGACCCGCGAGCACGCUAUGCUCGCAAAAACGGCUGGUGUGCGACAACUCAUCGUCGUCAUCAACAAGAUGGAUGAACCCACCGUGCAGUGGAGCGAGGAGCGCUUUCGGGAGAUAUGCGACAAACUGGCACCCUUCCUGAAGCAGAUUGGAUAUCGGCCGCAGGAGGUCAGCUGGGUACCUGUCAGCGGCUUCACAGGUGAGAAUUUGCGCGAACCGGUUCAUCCAAGCACGUGUGCAUGGUACAAAGGCGGAUCGCUGCUCCAAGUGCUCGAUGCACUGAAACUACCACCGCGGCCGCUGGAUAUGCCGGUGCGCAUGACUGUCGUGGACAGAUUUCGAGAUAUGGGCGUUUGUAUCCUAGGCCGAGUCGAAGCCGGUACGAUUCGCAGCGGUGAUCGGCUACUGCUCAUGCCACCGCGACUUGUCGUGCAUGUCACGAGCAUCACAAUGGAUGCCGAGGAGGUGCCGCUCGCUGAGCCCGGAGACAACGUCAAGCUGCUUGUGAAAGGCGUCGAGGAAGACGAUAUUCAUUCGGGCCAGGUGCUCUGUGCAGAGAACGAUCCCGUUGAAGCGACAACGACCUUCGAUGGCCAAGUGAUGCUGGUCGAGCACAAGUCCAUUCUGACUGCGGGGUACCGCUGUAUUGCGCAUAUUCAAGCAGCGGCCGUUGAGGUUGUUUUCGAGCGUCUCCUCGCUGAGGUUGAUCGCCGCACAAACCAGAUCGUCAAGAAACAUCCCAAGUUUGUGCGACCCGGAAGUACCUUUAUUGCGCGGUUAAGCGUCGCGCAGCCCGUCUGCGUUACCGCGUUCAAAGAGUUUGCGCCUCUGGGUCGUUUCAUGCUGCGGGAUGAGGGCACCACCAUAGGAGCCGGGGUGGUGGUACGCAUUCCGACUGCCAAGCAACGCUCAGAGGAGCUUCAGUCAACGACGGAAAGUGGAGCGAAAAUCGCCUCGUCAUCAGUUUAG